GCCCUCCCUACGAUGUGAGGUGCACUGAGGUGAGGGAUUCCUCCCUGCAGCUGCACUGGGAAGCUUCUCUCUACCUGGGGACAGGACCACUCACAGGAUAUUUCAUAGAACUGUGUGAAGAGGGCUCAGAGGAGUGGAAACAAAUAAACAAACAGCCCACAGCCAGCACCCACAUGAAGGUUGAGGAGCUGGAGACAGGGAAAUGUUACAUUUUCCGAGUACGAGCACUGAACAAGGCUGGAGUUGGACCCCCCUCGCUCCCCUCGGAUCCUGUGGUGGCUAAAACCAAACCUGGCACAAAUGAAAUUGAACUCGGGGUGGAUGAAGAGGGUUUCAUUUAUAUGGCCUUUGAAGCUCCUGAAAAGAAUGAUUCCUCUGAAUUUAUCUGGUCAAAGGACUAUGAGGGACCUCCAGAUGCUGACCGAGUCCAGGUUGAAGAGAAAGGCAAUAG